GAGGAUCCAUCAUUUUCUGAGAAUCAUGGCAGAAGUAGCUCCAGCACCCGCACCGGCUAAAGCUCCGGCUAAAGCUCCGGCUAAAGCCCCGAAGAAGAAGUCCGGUACCAAGGCUAAAAAAGAUGGACCCAGUCUCGCUAAACUCAUCGUGGCCGCCGUGGCCGAGUCCAAAGAGCGCAAGGGGAUGUCUGUGGCGGCGCUCAAGAAGAUCCUGGCCGGGAAAGGCGUCGAUGUGGCCAAGGCCAACAAGCGCAUCAACACCGCCGUUACCAAGCUUGUGACGAAGGGAACUCUUAGCCAAACAAAAGGAACCGGAGCAUCCGGGUCCUUCAAGCUCGCUAAGAAGGAACCCACAGCCGCCAAACCGGCCAAGAAGGUGGUGAAGAAGAAGGCUCCCGCCAAGGCAAAGAAACCAGCUCCCAAGAAGGCCACAACACCCAAGAAACCCGCCGCUAAGAAAGCAGCAGCCAAGAAAUCUCCGAAGAAGGCAGCGGCCAAGAAAUCUCCGAAAAAGGCAGCGGCCAAGAAAUCUCCGAAAAAGGUGGUAAAAAAGAGCCCUAAAAAGCCCGCCGCUAAGAAGCCAAAGGCUGCUAAGAAGCCUGCAGCCAAGAAAACGGGAGCCAAAAAACCCGCAGCGAAGAAGGCCAAGAAGUAAACAACUUUUCUCCUCCAACCACUGCUUAAGGCACCAAAGGCUCUUUUCAGAGCCACCACUUAUACAAAUUAAGACAUGACUCCCAACAAGCAUCGAAACAAUCACAGUUCAUAAAAUACUAGAAAUGAUUCAACUACCUCCAAUUAUAACCACAUCAAUACAGUAAGUGU